GUAGGACAUCGGUAGCGUGCUGCGAUCAAGCAAUUCUUGUGCACAAGAUCCGGAGCUUAAAACCAAAGGCUUGCUGGCACAGAGCCCUCCUCUGGAUAUCCCCAUCUACCCGAUAAAGGCAGGAGAUUGGGUCCUUGUCAAGUCAUGGAAAGAGGAGAAGUUACGGCCGCAGUGGUCUGGCCCAUAUCUAGUGUUGCUGACAACGGAAACAGCGAUUCGAACAAAAGAGAAAGGGUGGACGCAUGUGGCGCGAGUAAAGGGACCAGUGGACCCAUCAACCGAGGGAGGUGGGAAGUCCGAGUGGGGGACAAUCCGUUGACAUUACAGAUUAAGCGAAAAGGACGAUGAAGGACAGUAACCAGUUCAAAAUUGUAUAUCACAGUCUGUUUACUCUACUGUACCUUGCGGUUUGCGGAAGCGGGUUUAAUUAUUUUACUACACUCUGUGCGAACUAUGCUAGACAGAAGGGACAGACCAAUUGUUGGGUGUGUGCGACCAUCCCACAUCAUGGGGAAUCCGGAAUCCCUCUUACCAUUCUGCCUAUGACUAGGGAGGAAGUAGGCCAGGUGCUGCAGUUCAACACCUCUGUAAGUGAUACGUGGGAGUCGGGCGGGGGUACAUGGAAUUCUAGUUACGGGAAUUGGUGGCCGUGUUGGGGUAGGUGGAAAGGGAGCAAGGGGAAUUACAGUUUCAAGGGAUGGUUUCCCCGACCGGCCCCAUGGACCCGAGGGGCAAUUGACGGUCUCAGAGUUACGCCACCUCGGGGACAGGUUAACUCAACGUGUUUCUGUAACUGGAAUGUGAGCGCCCCGUUCCAAUUGGGGAACUCAUCCUGUAAAGUGUACCAAGUGGCCCACGAAUACAGCUUGCCCAUACCAUUAAACGGGACAUAUUGGGUAUGUGACACCAGAGCAUAUCCAUACCUGCCCGGGGAACAACAUGAACAUCAGGGAGCCCAGGGAUCCGGCAUAGAGUGGACCUUGCCACCUGAACAGAAGGGGUGGAGCGGUUGUUGUUACCUAGCCUACCUAGUCCCUCAUGUACACAUCCCGAAACAAGUCCCAUGGACUAGAAAGGAAUGGGGAAAGAAGAGAUGCAAACCCAGAAAGGUGACGGAGACUGACCGCUUGUUCUGGACCCUCCUUCUUCCUUAUGGGACGGCUCGGGCAGGGUUAGCUGCUUCCUUGGAGGAAUUGGCCAAUGGCACGGCCACAGCUCUAAGCGAGCCGCAGACCCAGGUGUGGGCCCUCACUACUGAAAUGAUUGCCCUCAGAUUAGUGGCCCUCCAAAACUGAACGGCCUUGGAUUUUAUACUUGCUGAGAAAGGGGGGACCUGCGCUCUGAUAGGGAAUGACACUAUUUAUGAUGAAAACCCCGGACAGCGAGCAUAACGACGAUACCCAACGGAGAGAGAUUAAAUACAUGUUGGCCAAAUUAGAAAACAACUGAAGGAACGGGGAGGGAACGCUGAGGUGUAGUUUAACCAAUAAUGCGUGGCAAAAGAAAAAGGGUGGAAUUGAGAGAAAUGGAGAGCUACAGGACAGCGGUUAAACUACAGUUAACACUAGUACAUGAACUUAGGCACAACAGUUAACACUUGUACAGGAAUUUAGUCACAGAUGUGAUAGCAAUAAGGAGAAGUGGUGAGGCGGCAGUGCACAGUAUGGGGGAUCAGCUUGAGUGAGCAGAAGAUAACAAUAAGGAGCGAUUAAGAACCAGCUAAAACCGGAUCCGGGAAACACUUGGGGCUAACUAAAGGUGAGGAGUACGUGGCCACAGGCAGCUAUGGCACAUGCGUAGUAGAGAAUAGUAAAAGCCAGAGCUGAACUACAGAUGGGGACGCCCACUUAGGGAGGCCCGAGGGAAUACAAACAUUGGCGCCUGAAUACAUAAUGAAUAGGAUGUAUAAAAGAAGACUGCAAACUCUGUAUCAGGGUCUCUCCGGUUCUCCGGGGGCACCCGACUCUGCAGACUCGCAAUAACAGAACUUGUUUCCACGACUUUGACUCCAGUGGUUCUGUGGUUGUGAGCACGGGUGUUUUGAUAAAUCUCACAACAUCAAGAUCAUUUAUGUCCACCACAAAUGGCAAGGGACCCAGCCGCAAACUUGCAUUUCCCUUGACCAUUUGGAAAUUGUGCCAAUGUGUAAUUGUUCAACAAUUUAUCAAUUCUCUCCUGAACAAAAACAUUCGUUUGAAAGCUUGUAAUUGUAACUGUCAUUGGGACCCUUGUAUUUGGGACAGCUGUAGUAAUGAAGUCUUUUUUCCCCUUCUAGAGGAAUGCUGUCAAAUGUAGAAUGUCCCCUCCAUUUCUCCUUGUCAUUGUUCUGCCCACAUUGCAGUCUGCCCUUGCAGGUCUAAUAUUCAGGAUUUUCCAGUCUGUCUGUCAUAGAGUGGAUCAAAACCCAUUUUGUGUGCCAGUUAAACACCUACACAGAACGCAAAAACAAAACAGCGUGCUUGCUGGAAAUACAUAGCAGAUAAGGCAGAAUUGGGCAUAUUUGUUUUCUUUUACCACUUUAGCAAAAUCCACUGCAUUAUCCAGUUCUCUCACAUAUGUUUUCCCAAUGCUUUGUUUUUGAAUCGCUAACAUUGUGACUUCAUGUGUCCUCUUCUAUUACAGUGAAAAUACCUGAGCUUUUUAAAUUUCUCUUGUCCUUUCAUGACUUUCCUUUUUUACUGGUGGCAAACUAUCUUUACUAUCUUCAAUAAGAUCAACUUAUUGUCUUACCACUUGUGGACUUCCGUUUUCCUCAAUUUUUAUCCCUCACAGAUUGAAACUGAUGUUGGAAGCUAAACUUUGAUUUAUGAUCUAAUUCAUAAUUGUCUGCUAUUUCAGCUUCUAGUAUUGCAGUCUUACUCCUUUGCUCUUCUAUGUAAGGUCUCACUACUUCAGGAAGUCAAUUUUUGAACUCCUCCAAAAUAACUACCACUCAAACUACUUCCUCGAAUGAAAUGAAAAAGGCAGUGCUCAGGCAUUGACUAAACUAUGACAUUCUAAAGCUUUGGUAAACAUGAGUCAGAUUGUUUGAAAUAGUUGGAAAGGUGAGAUAAAUGUAAAAUUAAAAUACAGAAUGGGGUCGUAAAGAGAGAAAAGCGAAUGAUAGUGUUCAGAUAAAUUUGAAUGUCAUUGUACAUGAUUCACGAAAUGUUCCCAUCA